CAUCCCCAAGUGUCUACGGCCAGAGAAAGCCAGGAGGACUUCCUGGCAAAGGAAGCGCCUCACCCCCCAGGCCUGCAGGAGCAAAGAGGGCACCUUCUGGGAGUUGAGGGCAAGGUCCUGCCAAGUGGAGGGACCUCACCCCACCUAGGUACAUAGAAGAAACCCCACCUGCCCCCUACAGACAUUUCUCCAGGGCCCCCUCAGGGAUUCUGGAGCUCCUGACCAGAGACCACAGAUAGGCAGAGGGGAGAGAGGGGCCCUCUGAACAGAGGGGUUCAGCUCUGCUGGAGGGCAGCUCCUGGCUCCAAAGCCCCACACAGCACAGCAGCCCCAUUCCCAAGGCCUCCUGAGCCAUUGUGUGCAUCUCUGUGCAGAACCUUGCUCAGGCUAUGACAUCCGUCCAUGUCUUACCAGCCAAGGCUCCCUCAGGAGACUUCCUGCCAAGAAAGACCAGAAGGCAUCCACCCCAACUGAGAGGCUGAAAGGGAGCCCUUCUCUUGUUCUGCCGCCCAUUGCUUGGAAUGUCGCUGACCUCCGAAAGUGUGAACGUGUGUGCUGCAUAUGCAACUAAAGUUGAGCAUGCAUAGAGAGUGACAGAUGGCGGCGGGUCCCGGGGGAGCCGGCUCUCCCCCAAUGCAGACGCAUGCCAAUCACCGUCUCUCAUGUGAUAGCUGCUGCCCGUGACGUGCCAAGCCCAUAUGGCCUGGCAUAGAGGCUGGUACCCCGCCUGGUAGAGAUGCCACACUCGCUCCGCGGCUCGCAUGGCGCUCUGAAGACGCCGGCGCCCGCCGCCUUGAGGAGCCGCUGCCCCCGCUCCCUGAAGAUGGGGGAACAAUGAAAUAAGCGAGAAGAUUCCUCUUCUCCCCCCCUCUCUCUCUUGCCCCCUCCCCCUCCCCUCCCCUCUCCCCUUGACUCCUCUCCGAGGCACCAUGCUGACCCGCCUGUUCAGCGAGCCCGGCCUCCUCUCGGACGUGCCCAAGUUCGCCAGCUGGGGCGACGGCGACGACGACGAGCCGAGGAGCGACAAGGGUGACGCGACACCGCAGCCUCCGUCUGCACCGGUGCCGGGGGCUCCGGGACCCGCGCGGGCCACCAAACCAGUUGCCCUUCGUGGAGAAGAGGUACCCGAGGCUACGUUGGCCGAGGUCAAGGAGGAAGGCGAGCUGGGGGGCGAGGAGGAAGAGGAGGAGGAGGAGGAGGAAGGGCUGGACGAGGCGGAGGGAGAACGGCCCAAGAAGCGCGGGCCUAAGAAACGCAAGAUGACCAAGGCGCGCCUGGAGCGCUCCAAGCUGCGGCGGCAGAAGGCGAACGCGCGGGAGCGCAACCGCAUGCACGACCUGAACGCGGCGCUGGACAACCUGCGCAAGGUGGUGCCCUGCUACUCCAAGACGCAGAAGCUGUCCAAGAUCGAGACGCUGCGCCUGGCCAAGAACUACAUCUGGGCGCUCUCGGAGAUCUUGCGCUCGGGCAAGCGACCCGACCUGGUGUCCUACGUGCAGACGCUGUGCAAGGGUCUGUCGCAACCCACCACCAACCUGGUGGCCGGCUGCCUGCAGCUCAACUCUCGCAACUUCCUCACGGAGCAGGGCGCGGAUGGCGCGGGCCGUUUCCACGGCUCGGGAGGCCCGUUCGCCAUGCACCCUUACCCGUACCCGUGCUCGCGUCUGGCCGGAGCGCAGUGCCAGGCGGCCGGAGGCUUGGGCGGCGGCGCGGCGCACGCCCUGCGGACCCACGGCUACUGCGCCGCCUACGAGACGCUGUACGCGGCGGCGGCGGGCGGCGGGGGCGCGAGCCCGGACUACAACAGCUCCGAGUACGAGGGCCCGCUCAGCCCCCCGCUCUGCCUCAACGGCAACUUCUCGCUCAAGCAGGACUCGUCGCCCGACCACGAGAAGAGCUACCACUACUCUAUGCACUACUCGGCGCUGCCCGGCUCGCGGCCCGCGGGCCACGGGCUGGUCUUCGGCUCGUCGGCGGUGCGCGGGGGCGUCCACUCCGAGAAUCUCUUGUCCUACGACAUGCACCUUCACCACGACCGGGGCCCCAUGUACGAGGAGCUCAACGCGUUUUUCCAUAACUGAGACCUCUGUCUUUUUCUUUUUGCCUUGGCCCGCCUCCCUGAACCCCAGACACACACACACACACACACACACACACACACACACACACACAGACACUCACACACACACACACGCACGCACGCACCCCGAGCGCAGGGGCACCCCCACUUACUCUCCGCGCGGGGUUUGGGGGGGGAGCGGGUCACCGGCCCUGCCACUCUCUAGGGGCUGCGUGGGCUCUUACCUGUGGGUGGCCCGUCCCAGGGGCCUCGCUUUCCCCUGGGGACUCGCCUUCUCUCUUCCCCAACGGGCUCCCUCCUCCUCCUCCUCCUCUUUCCCCCUGGAGUGUUUCUCUAGGGACCUCUCUCCCCCAACUCCCUGGAGAACCACCCCCCCACUAUUCCCAAUACCAUCACUGGGGUUCUCCCCCCGCCUCCCAGCAGGCCCCAAGGUUAGGGGGGCAGCUAAGCUGCGGGAUCCGGUUUUCCCUUCUUAUUGUUACUUUUAAAAAAAAAAACUACAGACGCUGAGCUGCUGAGGCCGACAGGAUCUGGGCGCCCCCUCUUUCUUGAAGAGGGCAGAAGUCAGGAUACCUGAACGCCUUCACCCUUACCCAAGUCUCCACCUUUUGAGGGAGAGGAUAUGAAUUGAAAGGAAAAGGAAAUACCAAGCCAAUUUGUAACUAGAAUCCAUUUUUCCCUCCCCCCCCUUUUUUAAAAACAAACAUACAAAAAAAAAAAAAAAAAAACUAGGAGGCAAUGGAGGCCGAACGCAGAGUCCGGAUCGGAGAGAAAAUGCAGUAAGAACUUUUAGAAGCAAUAAAAGGCAAAAAAAAAAAAAAAAAAUACUACUACCAAUAAUGAUUUUAAAAAGACACAAAUAUCUAUGCAAGGAGGUUCUGACUGAGCCUAGCGGCCUGGCCGGGACGCCCCAGGGCUCCGCUGGCUGCCCCGCCCAAGCGCGGGUCUGUGCACUUUGGUGAAUUGGGGGCCCGCGCCGCCCCUCCCCCUCCCCAGGUUCUUACAAUCAGUGACUCGGAGAUUUGGGGCCCCAGUGCCACUGCCCUCCCCCACGCCCCAUCCCCCGUUGUGCGUCCUACAGUUUUUUUUUAAUGUUUCCAAAUUUGUAUGGAAUGGCAAACUGUUGGGGGGUCGGUUUGGGGAGGGAGGGUUUGCAUGAGACACACACACACACGCACGCACGCACACACGCACAUUACACCGCACACACAUGCAGGCCAGACGCGGGUGGGCGUCCCGGGACACCCGGAGGUGAUAGGAGGCUCCUCCUCCCCCCCCGCAGGCCCUUCAGUCCUCAUUUGGAGUGAGGCGCAGAGGAUGAGGACCCGAAGGUCCGAGGGGAGCACGACUCUGCCCCACUGUGCCCCGGAGGGCGCCACGCCUCCGGAGCUUUGCGGUGGCUGGAGAGGGUUUUUUUGUUUUGUUUUGUUUUUGCUCUCUUUUUUGUUUUGUUUUUGAUUUUGUUUUCCCCUAGGCGUCCUCCUGACUUUUGUCAACGGGUGAGCGGGGCUCCUCGGGAGGGUUUCCCAUAAGAGGGGCAACAGGUGAACUUCUCCCCACCAGAGGCAGGGGAUCAGGUACCCAAACACACAUGCAAAAAUACAAACCCACAGGCGACACACCCACCCACACCCCCACUCACACGCAAUUUUGCCUUCCUCUCUUAGCGAAGAUGAAACUCCCGUCGGGCACCCCAAGUGCAUUGCGUGUUUCUGUUCAGUUUAAUGACGAUUAAUAAAUAUUUAUGUAAAUGAGAUGCAAAGACA